AUGGCAUGGCUCAAUUUCCCUGCAGUGGAGCUGGGUUUUUCGCUCAUCUUCCUCUGGAUAAUAUACAGAUUUCUGACAGCAAGCAAGAGAAACAAAGGAAAGUUGGGAUUGCCACCAGGGCCACGGCCAUGGCCACUGCUCGGAAAAAAGUACGGACCCAUCAUGUUUCUACGCCUGGGCUCGGUACCCACGGUUGUGGCCUCUUCUCCUGCCAUGGCCAAAGAGUUUCUUAAAACCCAUGAUUUGAUCUUCGCCAGCAGACAAGCUACAUCGGGGACCAAGUACCUGGGCUACGAGCGCAGAGACGUGGCGCUGGCCCCCUAUGGAGAGUACUGGCGGCAGAUGAGAAAGUUGUGCACAAUGGAAUUACUGACGACCAAGAGAACGGAGGCAUUCAGGUGGGUAAGAGAACAAGAGGCGACAGCCAUGGUGAGAUCUGUGUGGGAAGGAAGUGAGAAGGGCAUGCGUUCCGUCCAACUGCGGAAUCUCAUCUCCACCCUCUCACUCAACACUGUCUGCAGAAUGUUUGCAGACAGAAGAUACUCCGAACUGAGCGGAGGCGAAUCGUUUUUAGAGAUAAUGACUGAAAUUAUGCAUCUGUUGGGAGUAAUUAUUGUGGGGGACUACAUUCCCUCUCUUUCCUUUCUUGAUUUGCAAGGCUACCGCCGCCGUAUGAAGGCCGUUCAUAAAGCAUACGAUGGUUUGCCGAGAAGCUGA